CAAUAUGGUCUUUACAGCAGAAUGAAAAUAGAGGGGAGGAGUAGAAAGAAGCCAGCGGACCACACCACAAUCAACGAUCGAUUUCGGAAUGCCCGACUUUGCUUUCUCAAUCUGAGGCUGGAUUCAUCCCUGCUGCUGCUGCUCCUCUGCAAAUUGAGGUGAAUGCUGAAGUAAAGUACAACCCACAACUUCUGUUGGCUCAUCAUUUAUAUCUGUGAGAUGGCUGAGAAAGCUUGUGUAAAACGUCUUCAAAAGGAAUAUAGAGCACUUUGUAAAGAACCUGUUUCACAUGUAGUUGCUCGACCUUCCCCAAAUGACAUUCUUGAGUGGCAUUACGUAUUGGAGGGGAGCCAAGGAACGCCUUUUGCAGGUGGAUAUUACUAUGGAAAGAUUAAGUUUCCUUCAGAGUAUCCAUUUAAACCUCCAGGAAUCAGCAUGACUACUCCAAAUGGGCGGUUUAUGACCCAAAAGAAAAUUUGCCUGUCAAUGAGUGAUUUCCAUCCAGAAAGCUGGAACCCAAUGUGGUCGGUCUCAAGUAUCCUUACAGGACUCCUCUCCUUCAUGAUGGACGACAGCCCUACCACUGGUAGUGUAAACACUACGGUUGCAGAGAAGCAACGCCUUGCAAAGGCAUCUUUGGCAUUCAAUUGUAAAAACCCAACAUUCAGGAAAUUGUUUCCAGAGUAUGUGGAGAAAUAUGAAGACCAACGACUUAGUGAGCAGCCCACUAUUGAAGAACAACCCGUUGUUGCAAAGCAGGAAGAAAAUUCACAAGAUCUGUUGGAGAAAAAGGAUGAGUUAAAAAGAGUAGAAACAGCGAAAGAAGAUGUGAAAGAAGGGAGGAAACAGUCAUUUCCAAUGUGGGUGGUGCUGUUGCUAGUUUCAUUUGUUGGUCUUGUAAUGGCUUUGCCUUUGAUGCAACUUUAAUGUGUCAAAAAAGUUGGUAUGCUUUAUUAAGUUUGGUCUGUUAAAAAAUGCUAGUAAAUACUACUUAUGUGUGAUGUUAAAAUAUGUUGGAACUUUAAUCCUUGGUUGCCUAUAUGUGGCUGGCUGUACACAGGUGCAUGUUUGAUGUUUUCAAGUGUCAGCUAUUUGGGAGAAUAAUGUAACAUGAUCUCCAAAUGUUUAAACAGUUAAUACACAACAUUUAGUACAAACUAUUGCAAU